AUGGAGGCCGACUCUCAGAACGGCGUUUCGCACGUUCAGCAACAUCCAGAAUUUUUAUUUCCGAGACGGUUCUUCUUCGAGCCGCGGUUCGGGUCGAUGGACGCAACUAGUAAUGAUUUCGCGACACUCCUCUGGGUCUGGUACAGUCCGAAGUACAGACUGGACAGGAGAUCGUCAGACAACUGGCUCGCCAUACUCGAGCUCUCCACGAGGUGGCAAUUUCUUGAGAUGAGGAAGCUGGCUAUCGAACAGCUCCAGAAUCUCAAGAUGGACCCCGUGGAAAAGAUUGCCAUUUAUAACAAGUACGACAUCGAUAGAUCGCUGCUUUUGCCUGAGUACAAGCACCUUUGCACGCGGGAGGGUCAGAUGUCGAUUGAGGAGGGUGAGAAGGUCGGGCUACUCACUGUCCUCGCUAUACAUCAGGCUCGCGAACGUGCAAUGACGAGUGCAGUGGCAAAUGAGCGUCGUGGCCUGACCCAUGCUGAUGUUGAUGAUGAGGAACUGGAACAGAUAUUGAGAGACAUCUUCAAUCUCAACGAAGAUUCCACUACCAGAUCACAACUUGGAGCAGAUAUUGCAAGCAGAAUCACGGACAGGUCAUCCGGGCCAGGUUCGUCCUCUCAGCGGGAAGAUGCUACAGGAAUGGUAUGUCGCAUGCAGCUCACUAAGUGCAACUGACACUCAAGGAAUAUAGGACAGAACCGGAUGAGCGAUCAAUCGGAGGGCGAUCUGAGAGCUCGCUCAGGUGAAAGUUCGACUUGUGUGACCGGGACUGGAAUCGAACCCGUGUCAGCCCAUAGCUUUAUUUCAACGUUCAUCGAGUUUUUGAUUGCAAUGGUGUUUGUCUAUAUUGUCUUCUAUGUACUAUGAACUUCCGAGUCAUGAUUCUCGGAAACACUGGCGGUCGGUGGACACAAAAUAUGCACAAUCCCGCCGUUGUGCACACCGGCGCUGAUUCGAAUCUAGACUGUAAGUGCAUCCAGUGGGUGUGCGGUAUGCGAUUCGAAAGGAACCUUUAUGUACAUCGUUCUGUAGAGGUAACGGGGCCGGCCCGGUUCACGUGACUGUUGAAGACGAAACGGGCGAGGGGGCGCGUUCGAAGCAUAGAUAGUUUUCUGCACCGUUUUUGUGGCGUAAAAUUCUGGAUACGUUGUUGGAAUGCGUGGUAUACUG